UAUAAUUUUGUUCGGUUACCUUAGCAGCAGGCCGUAUUAAAUCAAUUGAGUAGCCCAAAAAUUGUCCCACACAAAAACACGAAAAAAUUCCCAUGCAUAAACCAAAUAACCUGGAAUAAAGAUACGUAUUUCUGGAAUAUAAGUGACCAAAAAAGUGAAAGAUGAUAAUCACCAGCAGCGGAACUUCGCAGCAUCGGGGACGAAAAAUUAGGGAGCAAUGUGGAUCCUGUCCGAAUAGGUUUUCGAAGGACAAACGCCAGGUAAUCGCCGAGGACUCGGAUACCUCUGAGGUGGAAUCAUCCACGGAUGAGGAGGAUCGCUGGAAGGAAGUGGCACGGGCCUCGGAAAUUCCGGCCGACUACUAUAAUAUCCAGAAACUGGUGAAAUACAUCAAGGCGGGCAAUCAGACAGCCACUAUAGUAUCGUUGUGCUGCUUGAAGGACUACGAUCUGAGCACUCAGAUCAAUCAGUUCGCCAUCUCGGACAUCGGCGGACUCGAUGUCCUCGUGAAUAUCCUGGAGUGCAGCGACACCAAGUGUUGUUUGGGCGCCCUCACAGUUCUCUCGGAUAUCACCCUGAACAUCGACAUAAGGAAGACCAUCGUGGAUCUGGAUGGAAUUCCGCUGAUCGUGGAUAUCCUCAACUCCUCCAUGAAGGACCUGAAGACCAUGGCCGCCGAGACUUUGGCGAAUGUGUGCAAGGUGCGACUGGCCAGGAAGUAUGUGCGCACCUGCGGCGGAAUCCCCAAGCUGGUGGAUCUCAUCGACAUCAAGUUAAGCAUUUUAAAGACGCCGCGUGACCAAUUGGGAGCCGAUGAUCUGGAAUCGCUGGAUAUGACACGAGCUGGAGCCCGAGCCCUUUUUACCCUGGCUGAUUCCAAGCACAAUAUGGAGCAGAUGCGGAAGAGUGGAAUCGUUCCCUUGAUGGCUCAACUUUUGAAAUCCUGCCACAUCGAUGUGGUCAUUCCCAUUAUGGGCACCGUUCGCAAAUGCUCCUCGGAACCGAAAUUUCAACUGGCCAUCACCACCGAGGGCAUGAUCCCCGAUAUUGUGGUCCAUUUGAGUUCGGAAAAUACGGAACUCAAGAUGGAGGGCAGUACGGCGAUUUACAAGUGUGCCUUUGAUGCGUAUACCAGGGAAUUGGUGAGGGAUGCAGGUGGCUUGGAGCCCCUGGUUACAAUCAUAAAGGAUAAAAACUUGAGGGAUAAUAAGCCACUUUUGAGGGGUGCCACUGGAGCGAUUUGGAUGUGUGCCGUAUCCGAUGCGAAUGUCAAAGUUUUGGAUCAACUGAGGACGGUUAAUAACCUGGUGGCCUUGCUGAACGACGAAUGUGACGAGGUGCUGACCAAUGUCACCGGAGCCCUGUCCGAAUGUGUGCGGUUCCAGAGCAACAGAGAACAAUUGCGGCAAGCUGGAGGACUACCAGCCAUGGUGUCCCUGCUCAACAGUUCACAUGCUCCUCUCCUGGAAAAUCUAGCCAAAGGUUUGAAGGAGUGUGCUGAAGACCCGGAAAGCAUGAGGAUUUUGGAGGAUCUGGAUGCCGUCCGACUGAUUUGGUCCCUUUUGAAAAACACCAGCACUAGGGUUCAAGCUCACGCGGCCUAUGCCAUAUGUCCUUGCGUUCGAAAUGCCAACGAUUCAGCUGAAUUGGUCAGGAGUUUGGUGGGAGCCAUGGAACUGGUAGUGGGCCUGCUAAAGUCCAAGGAUAUUAUGGUUUUGUCUGCCGUCUGUGCAGCCAUAGCCACGAUUGCCCAGGAUCAGACCAAUCUGGCUAUCCUCACCGAUCUCAGGGUGAUCUAUAAGCUGGCCGAUCUUGUCCAGACCACAGAUGAUUUGCUGCGAAUGAAUUUGGCAGCUGCUGUGGCCGCCUGUGCCUGCUUUGGCAAUAACACGGAGGAGCUGGGUCGACUGCGCACCGUCACUCCCAUUGUCACCUACAUGACCAGCGACAAUCCCCUGGUGCACCGCAGCACAGCCAUGGCCUUGGAGAAGCUAUCGAUGGAUCCGCAGAAUUGCAUUACCAUGCACCAGAGUGGUGUGGUUCCCUUCCUGCUGGAGUGCAUUGGAUCCACCAAUAAGGAGCUUCAGUUGGCCGCCGCUGGCUGUCUGAGGAAUAUCCGAGAACUGGCUUUGCGGGCAGAGGAAUAUCUGCUUAAAAUCGAUGAUGACUAG